UACCCUAAAGCCUCAAACACUUAGACAAAGAAUGGCUGAAGAAACAACAACCGGAAAUGAAGAAACAAGUGAAGAAAGUCAGGAAGAUGAAAAUCAAGAUAUUUGGGAACAGCAGCAAAUGAGGAAAGCAGUUAAAAUCAUAAAGGGAAGAAACAUUGAUCUUUCUCACAGUAGUGAAUUUCAAACAGUGAAGAAGUUUGAUACUUCCAUUUCAUUUCCACCAGUAAAUUUAGAAAUUAUAAAGAAGCAAUUAAAUAGUAGAUUAACAUUACUACAGGAUACUCACCGCUCACAUCAGAGGGAAUAUGAAAAAUAUGUAGAAGAUGUCAAGAGCUCAAAGAAUACCAUCCAGAACCUAGAAAAUUCAUCAAAUCAAGCUCUAAAUUUUAAAUUCUAUAAAAGCAUGAAAAUUUAUGUGGACAAUUUAAUUGACUGUCUUAAUGAAAAGAUUAUCAACAUCCAAGAAAUAGAAUCAUCCAUGCAUGCACUCCUUUUAAAACAAGCCAUGACCUUUAUGAAACGCAGGCAAGAUGAAUUAAAACAUGAAUCAACGUAUUUACAACAGUUAUCACGCAAAGCUGAGACAUCAACAAAUGGAAGCUUGGCUAUAGAUGAAAAAACUCAAUGGAUUUUAGAAGAAAUUGAAUCUCGAAGGGCACAAAGAAGACAAGCAAGGGCACUUUCUGGGAAUUGUGAUCAUCAGGAAGGGACAUCUAGUGAUGAUGAACUAUCUUCAGCAGACAUGGCUGACUUCCAAAAAAGUCAAGGUGACAUUUUACAGGAUCAUAAGAAGAUCUUUGAAGAUGUGCAUGAUGAUUUUUGUAAUAUCCAGAAUAUUUUGUUAAAAUUUCAACAAUGGCGAGAAAAGUUUCCUGAUUCUUACUAUGAAGCUUUCAUUGGUUUAUGCAUACCAAAGCUUUUAAAUCCCCUAAUACGAGUUCAGUUGAUUGAUUGGAAUCCUCUUAAGUUUGAUUCCAUAGGUUUAAAACAGAUGCCAUGGUUCACAUCUAUAGAAAAAUUUAUAGAUAAUAGUAUGGAAGAUUCAAAGAAGGAAGAUAGUUCUGAUAAGAAAAUCUUGUCUGCUGUCAUCAACAAAACAAUUAUUCCACGACUUACAGACUUUGUAGAAUUCAUAUGGGAUCCUUUGUCAACCUCACAGACAACAAGUUUAAUAGCUCACUGCAGGAUGAUUCUUGAAGAACAUUCCACUUGUGAGAAUGAAGUUAGUAAAGGCAAACAGGACUUACUUAAAUCCAUUGUUUCAAGAAUGAAGAAAGCAAUAGAAGAUGAUGUUUAUAUUCCUCUGUAUCCAAAAAGUGCUGUAGAAAACAAAACAUCACCACAUUCAAAGUUCCAAGAAAGACAAUUCUGGUCAGCUCUAAAGAUAGCAGCAUAUUUACCAGAAAAAUGGUUUGAAAAUUCUGCUAUGAGAACAUCUAUUUCCCAGCUAGAAAACUUCAUCCAGUUUUUAUUGCAGUCUGCACAUAAACUAUCUAGAAGUGAAUUCAGGGAUGAAGUCAAAGAAAUAAUUCUUAUUCUGGUGAAAAUAAGAGCUUUAAAUCAAGCAGAAUCCUUCAUAGAAGAGUAUCACCUAGACCAUCUUAAACCAGUAAUUAACCAAGUUUGAGUAAACUUGAUAGGGAAGUACUAAAGUAGAUUUUAGUACAGUCACACUCUGCUCCUUUGCUGGGGCGAAAAAGCUGGUGCUUCUUUAUUCCUAGUAAUGGAGGCGAGGAUUUGAAAACAAAACAAAACACGGGUUUCAUCCCUUCACUCCGUUUCAGGAAAGGCUGCCCUCCUGAUUCUGUGGAAAUUAAGCACAUGGGCAGUUAAGAGUUUAACAUAUGUAUUUCCCUUUGAUUCUUGUGGCAGCUUUUCCAAUUUAAGAGAGGGGUUGGUGAGACCUUGCUUGUAGCUGCUUUGACUUUAGCGAGUCCUCUGUCCUGAUCCACAAAAAUGCCUUUUAGUUCUCUUCAUUUUAAUUAUUUGAAAGUGUAAAUCAAAAGCUUUAUUUACAAAUCAGUUUAAAUGGAAAUCUUAAUUGGAAUGAAUGAAUUAUUUGUUAAGUAUUAACUGAUUACGGCUUUUUAAGGCUUUGAUAACUAAUGAUGAUCAAAUUGUCCUUCAGAAAUAUAUACCAAUGUAUUGUACCAACACAAAUGCAAGAGAGGCCAAGGAAUCCCCCAGCAAUCAUUUUUUAACUCUGCAAAUUAAAUAGGUGAAAUUAUCUUAUUUGAAUUAUGUGUUUGGGCUAUUAGAGAGUGAAUACUUGUUUUUUGGCCAUUUGUAAUUCUUUUUGACAUGUUCAUUCAUUGUUUUCCUAUGGAUUUAUGAGAGCUUCAUAUAUUUAAAGAUAAUGUUUUGCAUGUCCUGUGUCAGUUGCCAUUUUUCAUUUAAUUUUGUGUAUAUUUUGGUAUAAUAAGGCAUUACUUGUUGGGUAGUUUUUGUCGGAAAAAGCCAAUUUAGAUAAAAAAAAAAUAGGUAUUUUAAGUAUCAGACCAUGUAAUUCAUUUCCUGGAUAAAAUAUUUGUAUAAUUAAGAAAAUCUGAGGCAAAGGUUAGAGUUGAAUCUUUUUCAAAGUAGAGAUUACUAAUAAUAUUUCUUAAAUCUAUUUGUAAAAUAACUCAGUGGCAACCCUAAAGAUUAUCAGGGAAAAAAUGGAUUUUUUUGUAGGAUUUCAGCAUUUGACCUCUGACACUGUCACCCCUAACUU